GAAAAAGCAGAGCUCUUUGAAAAGAUUGAUACGUUUCUAGAAAAAGUAAUUGGCGCCAAACUGAAUUCGAAUCCCGAAAAGUGUUCAGACUCCUCAAACAACACAGUAAUAAACUUGCUGAUUGACCUUUAUAGAAAUGGCAAAAUGGAUUAUAUCGACUUAAAAGGAGAGUGUGUUGGUUUGUUGAUUGCCUCAUACGAAACCACAGCGUUUACAGUCACACAUAGUCUAAUUCUAUUGGCCAUGUUUCCUGAAUACCAGGACCUUGUCUAUGAGGAGCUCACGAGGGUCUUUCCGAGUUCUGGACCCAUCGAUGUGACCAACGAAGAUCUCCAAAAACUGGAAUAUAUGGAUCGAGUGUUCAAUGAAAUCUUGCGUUUACUUCCAACGGUUCCGUCCGUUCCGAGAGAGCUGAAAGGUGAUAUUCGACUGUCGAAUGGUAACCUCAUUCCCAAUGGUGUGACUGUUUUGAUCGAUGUUUUUAACCUUCACCGCAACAAGGACUUAUGGGGACCCGAUGCCGACAUUUUUAAUCCCAAUAAUUUUCUUCCUGAUAAUAUGCGAGACCGUCAUCCUAGUGCCUUCAUGCCAUUUGGAAAAGGCCGGAGAAAUUGCAUAGGCUCAAGAUAUGCUCCAAUACCUCUAAAAAUAGCCUUGGCCAUGAUAUUCUGGAAAUAUAAAUUAAGUACAAAUUUUCGGUAUGAAGAUCUCGAAUACAUUCAAGGUGUCCCAAUAUUUCUGAAAGAAAUACCUUUGUUGAACUUUCAAAAAAGAUUUUGAAAUAAACUGAUUGUUAUUGUGCAUA